AUAAUAAUCAUAUGAUCAUACUUUGGUCUGUUGUAGGACGUUUAAGUCUGGCUGUACGUGGUAUCCGGCUGCUUGAUCACGAGUUAUACUCAAAAAUCAAUGAGGAAAUGAUCACUGUCUUGUUGACCUACUGUUGCUAGCCCAUAAUACUGUUUCAUUUCUUCAUUUUUAAACAGUAAAUAUGGCAGGAAAGACGUUAUUUUGUGUCAUCUGCAUGGUAUACCUAUAUCUUGGGUGUACAACAGCAACCGUUGUGAGGAAUUGUGAGGGAAAUCCUCUCUCUCUAUCUUGCCCUUCUGGAUCUGUGCUCAGCAUCAUCAGCGCCAACUAUGGUCGGACGACUGGACCAGAAACAUGUCCCCAUAGCAGCAUCCAGACAACUGAUUGUUACGCAUCAAAUUCAAUGAAUAUUGUCGGCAACCUCUGUAAUGGACAGACAAGGUGCACCGUGGUUGCAACAAAUAGUGUCUUUGGUGACCCUUGCGUUGGUACUUACAAAUACCUUGAGGUCAACUACACAUGCCAGAGAAGAAACGACAUAAUUCCAACGGAACCCACCUGCGAAAAUAGAUCGGACUGCAACACGGAACGCACCUGUGAGGGGAGUUCCCUGUCUUUAUCUUGCUCUUCUGGAUCUGUAGUCAAUAUCAUCAGCGCUAACUAUGGUCGGACAACAGGACCAGAAACUUGCCCACAUAGCAGCAUCCGGACGACUGCAUGCUUUGCAUCAAAUUCUUUGAACAUAGUCGGCAACAUCUGUAACGAACAGACAAGCUGUACCGUCCUAGCUACUAAUUCUGUCUUUGGUGACCCAUGCGUCGGCACAUACAAGUAUCUUGAAGUAAAGUAUACCUGCAAGCCCGGACCCGUAAGCAAUAUGAAACGAAUCUGCGAAGGGGGUUCCAUCAACCUAAGCUGUCCUUCACACACUCCGGUUAUUGUCAUAUCCAAAGCCAUGUAUGGUCGCCAGGUUCCUGGAUCGGAUUUCUGUCCUCAUAUUAGCAUCCAAACAACCAACUGCGCCGCUCCUAACUCUCUCGCUACUGCCCGAUCAGCCUGCCAAGGCCGGUCUGUUUGCACGAUGGCUGCCUCCAACCAGAUCUUCAGUGAUCCCUGUGUAGGUACCUACAAGUAUCUAGAGAUGGAGUACACUUGCGCUCGCAGGGGUCGUGUCUGCGAGCAUGAUAUUCUUCACAUCGGUUGUCCACCAGGACAGAAGAUCGUGGUCCUUGACGCAUUCUAUGGUCGCAUGGCAGGCCCGGACAUCUGCCCUCAUCCUCAAACCUCAAAUCAGAAUUGCCGUGCAUCGUCCUCUAUUCGCAUCGUGAAGGACAAGUGCAAUGGCCUGUCCUCCUGCACAGUGACUGCCAGCAACGUUGUCUUUGGAGAUCCUUGUGUAUAUACCUUCAAGUAUCUAGAAGUACUCUACGACUGUAAGCAAAUAUAGACUGUACUUUAAACGAUAUCUUACCACAAAAAAAAAUGGGGGAGGGGCGCGCUUAUGACCACUGUUUAUCAUUCAUAUUUCUAUACAUGGAAACAUUUCUCAUCGUUAUGUAGACGAUAAUUCUACAGUUAAAAUCACGGAGUGAAAUGUUGUAAUGCGAUUUUAUCCGAUGCAGUUCUUUUAAUUUUUUUUUUAUAAACGUGUACUUUUCCCCUUGAAAGUAGUUUAACGUAUACAUUAUGCAUAUUGUGCGUAUGUAAUGAUUAUAUUAAUAUUUUUAGUAUUUGAAAAAUUAUAAACUUUACCAAGAAUCAAGUGCUUUUUCACUUGAUAUCAGUGAUGGUUUGAAGUUGCAGCGAAUAAAAGCAACAAUUCGUUUCCAGAAUAGUUUUAUCUUUUGGCAUUCUAGCCAAACAUGAACAGACGAUACGGUAGCUUUGCAAAGAGCACACUAAUUGUCACUUACAACUUUCCAUUUAUGUAGAUUUGACCUGAAUGGUAAAAUACGAUGAUGUGCUUUAAAACUGAAUUGUUUCACUUUACUGUUUUUGAUACUUUGAACUUAAUAUAUUUGUUCUAGGCAAAUCGAUAGGAAGGUUAAAAUGUUCUUCCCAAUGUCUUAAUACAAUUGGAUUACUUGUCUUGAAUUUACACAAUAAACUAUACAAACAUUUUGACUUCAUUGUUGACAAU